AUGCAGGCGUGCGGGACUGGCGCGGCGGGGCGCCGGGCUUUCGACAGCAUCUGCCCUAACACGAUGCUGGAGCUGCCAGGUCGGCACCUCGGCAAGCCCGGAAAGCUGGAGAGGAAGUUGGCCUCUCCGCGGAAGUUAUUUCCUGCAUGCAGCGGUGGCAGCCAGGUGUCGGUGUACGAGGAACCCCCGGACCCCGAGCGCUCAGCGUUGCCAGCGCUCACCACCAUAGACCUGCAGGACCUCGCCGACUGCUCCUCGCUGCUUGGGUCCGACACGCCGCCCUGUGGUGACCCGGCUGCCUCGCAGAACCCUUCACUGCAAACAGAAGCGGACUUCGAUCUGCAGGAAUUCAGAAACACUGUAGACGAUCUCAUUGCAGACUCCUCCUCUUUGAUGUCGUCUCCCCUGGCCAGCAGUGACUUCCCCUUCUCUCCUUGCAAUGUAUCGCGACCCUUUGGGUCCUGCCUCUCCCCACCGCUGGACCCAGGAGCCCUGCAGUCACCACCACUACGGCCUCCAGAUGUGCCCCCGCCCGAGCAGUACUGGAAGGAGGUGGCCGACCAGAACCAGAGGGCACUGGGGGAUGCCCUCGUUGAGAAUAACCAACUGCACGUGACGCUGACCCAGAAACAGGAGGAGAUCGCCUCACUCAAGGAGCGGAACGUGCAGCUGAAGGAACUGGCCAGCAGGACCCGACACCUGGCCUCCGUACUGGAUAAGCUGAUGAUCACGCAGUCCCGGGAUUGCGGGGUGGAGGCCGAGUCGGUUCUGCUCAAAGCGACUGCCAAAAGGAGCCUGGAGGAGCUGUUCAGCUCUGCGGGGCAGGAUUGUGCGGAAGUGGACGCCAUCCUGCGGGAGAUUUCCAAGCGCUGCGAUGAAGCCUUGCAGAAUCGCGAUCCCAAGAGGCCUAGACUGCAGCCAGAGCCGGCGAGCCCAGACUGCAGGCCCGGGAAUCUGCACGGCGCCUUCCGCGGGCUGCGCACUGACUGCAGCCGCAGCGCGCUGAAUCUGAGCCACAGUGAACUGGAGGAGGGCGGCUCCUUCAGCACCCCAAUUCGCAGCCACGGCACCAUCCGCACUCUCGCCUUCCCCCAGGGCAAUGCCUUCACUAUCCGGACAGCUAGCGGGGGUUACAAAUUCCGCUGGGUCCCCAGUUAAAGUGGAAGGAAGUCCCCAAAACACUGCCCUGAUUCUGAACGGAAACACCUGGAGGCUGAGCGAGAAGGUAGCUGAAACUGUUCCCCGAAUCUGUCUUCUCAGAGGAACUCCCCCUGCAGGUCGAAGGCCACCCUGACACUUUUGCAGAAGCAAAACCCUUUUUCAGAUGCACUGUAAAGGUCUACUACAAAACAUUGUAUAGCU